GGGAUUCAUUACCACAGAAGCCCUUUAAACCUUCUGAAAUGGCGAAGAAAUGGGAAAAGAUGCCAGAAGGUUUACGAACAAGUAUUCCUCCAGUGUCUAAGGGAAGAAGCACUAAUCUUAUCGAGAUCAAAAAUCUACCGUAUACGGUGAUCCCUCGUGAUAUCAAAAUGUUAGCGGGUGAUACUUCUAAGAACGUGAGUUCUAUCAGUGAAA